UGAUAGAUAUUUAAUUAAAAUUCAAACCGAAUGCAAUUGACCCAAAUGUGUCCUCCAGCGUUGUUCGUGUUACGACGCGUUCCUAGGUCGCUUCUCGAUUAGCGUACCCAGGGCCGGCGCGACCUUCUUCAGGGCCCGGUUCAAAAAUGUUGCGGGGGUAGAAUACACAUUGAAAUCCUAUACUUAAAUUUCACAAUAAGGAAUUAUUUAUUGCAAGUACAAAUUAUAAUACAAUAUUACAUAAUUUUUCUCGCUAUUUUUGCCUCAAAAUCUUUGAUUACUCAAAAUUAAUUAAGUUUGCUACUUCGCUUUUUAUUGAAAGAAUAGCCAGAGAUGUAAAUCGAUCUCGGCUUAUCGAUGAUCGAAGAUAAUUUUUUAUUAAUUUCAACCGCGAGUUUUCGCGGGGCCUUUCGAAACGCGAGGCCGGGUUCCGGUGAAAAGCGCUGAACCUGCCUCGCGCCGCCCCUGAGCCUACCGUCAAAAAUUGUUGCUCAUAAAUUUAUUCAUGAUAAGUCGUACGAAAAUAAUCGAAGUAACGUUAUUUCGGCUGCGAUCGUUGCCUUAGACGGUACCGAACCGGGAGUGUAGUAAUAUAAAUUCAGGAACGCUAUGACGAUCGGUGUGUGAAUCAUCGUCGUAUAAAAGCGGCGGCUGGGUUUAUUUUCGGUGAAUCGGUUCUAUUUUUCGAUUCGCCAACUAUGGUCUACGAAAGUAUAUAUUUCGAAUAAUCAUCAGCCCUACGUAUUAGGUGCAGAUAUGUCUUUCCGUGUAGUGCGUAGCAGUAAGUUCCGCCACGUGUACGGAACAGCUUUGAAACGUGAACAAUGUUACGACAAUAUAAGGGUGUCCAAGUCGUCCUGGGACUCGACCUUCUGUGCUGUGAAUCCAAAGUUCCUUGCCAUCAUCGUUGAGUCAGCCGGCGGUGGUGCUUUCAUUGUGUUGCCGCACAACAAAGUAGGACGGAUACCAGCUGAUUAUCCUUUAGUCGGUGGACAUAAAGGUCCUGUGUUAGACAUCGCAUGGUGUCCUCAUAACGACAAUGUCAUAGCAUCUGGUUCUGAGGAUUGUGUAGUUAAAGUAUGGCAAAUACCGGACGGUGGUAUUUCCAGGACGUUAACGGAAUCUGUGGUAGACUUACAGCUGCAUCAGCGCAGAGUAGGUCUUGUACUAUGGCAUCCGUCUGCGUUGAACGUAUUACUUACAGCCGGAUCUGACAAUCUUGUCUUGAUCUGGAACGUCGGUACAGGAGAGGCUAUGGUUCGGAUAGAUUGUCAUCCGGAUAUGAUUUAUUCUGCAUGCUGGAAUUGGGACGGAUCUAGAUUAGUCACCACGUGUAAAGAUAAAAAGAUUCGAAUUUUGGAUCCAAGGACGGGGGAGAUGUUGGAAGAAGCCAUUGCGCACGAAGGUAGUAAAGCUACGCGUGCAAUCUUUCUAAGGGGAGGCUUGAUCUUUACCACAGGUUUCAGUAAAAUGUCUGAGAGACAGUAUUCCCUACGUGCUCCUGACAUGUUAGGUGAACCCAUAGUUAUGGUAGAAUUGGAUACCAGCAACGGAGUAAUGUUCCCUCUCUAUGAUUCUGACACAAAUCUAGUGUACUUAUGCGGCAAGGGUGACUCUGUAAUUCGGUAUUUUGAAAUAACCCCUGAACCUCCUUUCGUUCAUUAUAUCAAUACGUUUCAAACCCCUGAUCCUCAACGAGGUAUAGGAAUGAUGCCAAAACGAGGCUGUGAUGUUAAUAGCUGUGAAAUAACUAGAUUUUACCGGCUCAACAACUCAGGUUUCUGCCAGGUUAUCUCCAUGACUGUACCAAGAAAGUCGGAACUUUUCCAAGAAGAUUUGUAUCCAGAUACCCCAGGCGAUACCGCUGCAAUCUCUGCUGAAGAAUGGGAAAAAGGAACUGACGCAGAUCCGGUACUGAUAUCUUUACGGGACGGUUAUCAGCCGUCAGCUACUAAAAACGAACUGAAAGUUCAUAAGAAAUCGAAUAUCCUGAGUAAAGGAGCAAAAGUUGCUUCCAAUUCUUCUCAGAAUGCCACCCAAGCUUCGGCAGGCAUUUCUGAGGAAUUGUUGAAAGAAUUCACAGAAGAGAUAAGAAAAUUAAAAGCGGUAAUUGUGAAACACGAGGGUAGGAUACGGGUGCUCGAGUCAGCUGUUGCUCUUCAAAUGAAAGAAGAUGAGAGAAAAGAAAAAUCGUCUACACCUACCGAUAGAGAGGUGCUCGCAUCUGACGAGGUGUAAUUUUUGACUUAUAUUUUUAGCUCAUAAAAAUAAUGUGAAGAAACUAAUUAUGUAAUAAAAAAUGAUCAUAUAUUUUGAUAUAA